AUGUCCACGAAAUCACCAGUCAACGAGCCCACCGCGCUCGGGUCUACACCCACAGACGCGACCCCGCCAGACUCAGGUCUCGAUGCGGCAUACAAGGCCAAGGCGGAGAGGCUGAAUCGCGCGAUUCAAGAUAUCGGGAUGGGGAAAUACCAGUGGCAGCUUUUCGUGGUGAUCGGAUUCGGCUGGGCCAGUGACAACCUCUGGCCGAUCGUGACAUCGCUUAUCCUCCCACCGAUAUCAUACGAGUUCCACGCGUCCAAGGCACCACUGCUCACGCUCGCCCAGAACAUCGGGCUCCUCGUCGGUGCCGUAUUCUGGGGAUUCGGGUGCGACGUGUUCGGGCGGAAAUGGGCAUUCAAUUUGACCAUCGGUAUCACAGCGGUAUUUGGACUGAUCGCAGCAGGCUCACCGAAUUUCGGCGCUGCCUGUGCCUUUGCGGCGCUAUGGUCGGUUGGUGUUGGAGGAAACCUGCCAGUCGAUUCGGCUAUUUUCUUGGAAUUCCUGCCUGGAUCGCAUCAGUGGCUGUUGACUGUUUUAUCGGUUGAUUGGGCGUUUGCGCAAUUGCUGGCCACUUUGGUUGCUUGGCCGCUUCUGGGUAACAUGACCUGCGGCUCGGAGGAGGGUUGCACGAAAUCGAAGAAUAUGGGGUGGCGGUAUUUUCUGAUUGCCAUGGGCGGAUUGGCGAUGAUCAUGUUCGUGGUGCGCUUUGUGUUUUUCACCAUCUUCGAGUCACCCAAGUACCUGAUGGGAAAGGGGAGAAAUGCGCAGGCUGUCGAUGUCGUACAUGAAGUCGCCCGCAGGAACGGUCAGACAUCGUCGUUGACCCACACUGAUCUUGAUGAGUUCGAUGAGGGGGAGUCGCGUGGUUUCACAGCGAGUAACAUCGUUCGUCAGCGCCUGGACAAGCUUCGGUUCGAACAUAUCCGCGCGCUAUUCGAUACGCCCAAGCGAGCAUACUCGACCACUCUGAUCAUUCUCGUCUGGGCGUUCGUCGGCCUCGGCUUCCCUCUAUACAACGCCUUCCUCCCAUACAUCCAGCAAUCCCGGGGUGUUGAGUUCGGCGACGGAUCAACGUACAUCACGUACCGAAACUCUUUGAUCAUCGCUGCGAUGGGCAUUCCAGGCUGCCUCCUCGGCGGCUUCCUAGUCGAACUCCCACGUUUCGGACGGAAAGGCGCAUUAUCCAGCUCAACGGCAUUGACUGGUGUAUUCCUACUUGUAUCGACCACGGCGACUACCUCGAAUGCCCUGCUGGGAUGGAACUGUGCCUACAACUUCAUGAGCAGUCUCAUGUACGCCGUGCUGUACGCGUAUACUCCGGAGAUCUUCUUGACAAAAGAUCGUGGCACGGGCAAUGCGUUGACAGCGAGUGCCAACCGGAUCUUUGGCAUUAUGGCGCCCAUCGUGGCCAUGUUUGCGAACUUGAACUCUGCCGUGCCGGUUUAUGUGAGCGGGGCAUUGUUCAUUGCAGCGGGUAUUCUGGUCGUUUUGUUACCUUAUGAGUCCCGGGGCAAGGCAAGUCUGUAG